CUGGUGGGGAUAUCAGUAAACAGAAAGUCUCGUGCUUGUCUCGGUUUUCGUUUGCUAAAUAAUUAAUAUUUAUUCUGCAACCUUGCAAUUGCAUUUGCAAAGGUGCAAGUUUGAUUCCUGUGUAGUUUUGUGCAAUUAACCCACGAGAAUUAUAAAGCUUCUUAUUUACAUUAACAAUCUUCUAGGUGAAAAAUAAUUACCUCAAAAGCAGUUUCGAGUGUUAUGGGAGAGAGAGAUUGGAGACCUUUCAUUUAUGGAGGACUAGCAUCAUGUACUGCUGAAUUUGGGACUUUCCCGAUAGACACGACCAAAACGCGGCUGCAAAUACAGGGCCAAGCGGUAGGCGGACGAGUGGCACAGCUCAAGUACCAUGGCAUGGUGGAUGCGCUGCUGAAGAUCUCGCGACAGGAGGGCGUGGCAGCGUUGUACGCAGGCAUUUGCCCGGCGGUGCUGCGGCAGGCCACCUAUGGCACCAUCAAGUUCGGCAUCUACUACACGCUAAAGCGCAUGCUGCUGGAGCGGGGCGCCGGGGAGGGGGGUGUGCGUGCGAACGUGUGCUGCGCGGUGGUGGCCGGCAUCGUGUCCAGCGCCAUUGCCAACCCCACCGAUGUGCUGAAGGUGCGCAUGCAGGUGCUGGGAGGCAGGGGCACUGGUCUCUCGCUCGUCUCCUGUUUCCUGGAUGUCUACAGGCACGAGGGCAUCACCGGGCUUUGGCGGGGCGUGGGCCCAACGGCGCAGAGAGCAGCUGUCAUUGCUGCAGUGGAACUUCCGGUUUAUGAUUUUUGUAAGCAGCAGCUCCUUCCCGUCUUCGGUGAUCGCAUCACUAAUCACUUUGUGUCCAGUUUUAUAGCUAGUCUUGGAAGUGCUGUUGCUUCAACUCCUAUUGACGUGAUAAGGACUCGACUGAUGAAUGAUAGAAGUUUAACUAAAUCGUUGGCGAGUAGCAGUGCCAAUGGUAACACAUUAGUUGUUAGGAACUACUCGGGAAGCAUGGAUUGUCUUAUUCAGACUGUGCGCAAUGAAGGGCCUCUGGCGCUGUACAGGGGCUUUGUGCCGACGUGGGUGCGCAUGGGUCCAUGGAACAUCAUAUUCUUCAUCACCUACGAGCAGCUCAAGGCGUUCUACUGAGCUACCUACUUUGUGCCUGCUACCUCCCAAGUUACCUUGCUGAGUUGCUGUCAUCCGUUCCUAUAACAGAUAGCGAAUUUCAUUUAUAAAUGUCAGCAAUUUUUUUCUGUUCGGUUUUAAAUCGACUUAGAUUGCUGUUCUCCUAAUCAACUAGGUUUUAUUAUGCUAUGAUUCUAACAAGAGACAGACAUUUAUUAUCAAGGUGCGUACAGACUUUUGCGCCACGAACAUUCGCUUUUCAAGAGCUGAUUAUGUCUGUGUCAUACUGUUUCUGUACAAAUGUACAGAUGUAAUGAGCAUAGCAUCAGCUGAUGAGAAGUGAAUUGCGCAUGUUCGUGACGCAUAAGUCUGUACGCACCUUUUCAGGCAAUUUAGCAUUUUAGGCUUUCCCAAGUAGGUUAUUUGCCAAGGACUUUAUCUAGAAGAUUAAUUACUUUCAUUGAUGAAAGUUACGAUACUGUAAGGCUGCAAAAGCUCAAUCCAAGAUGAAGGUUGAUCUAAUCGAUUUUUAACUAUUAAAGCAUAAUAACCGUUUGGGAGUAUGCGAAUCGGUUUCUUAACUAGUUUAUGAUUAACCUCCCAAUUACGGAGCUCACUUACAUAAUUGAGACACUUCGUAUUUUUAUUUAGCUUAUUUAUCCCGUUCUCUUGUGACUAAAUAUAGACGUGUCUAAAUCUUCAAGUUACCAAAUUCUUUCAUUCGAAAUGCUCUUGAAUAUAGUAAUAUCUAAAAAUGUAGUAUUUGGAAUUCUGAAUUUCUUGAUGAAAAGUAAUAUCAAUCCCUGCCUAUAAUCUCUGCAGUAGCUCAAAUGUAAAAUUUUGAGAAAACCUCGAAUCUGAUAGCAACAAGUAAUGCUUUGUUAAAUUGAGUUACUAUUGAAGAGCCAGACAGCGAAUUACAAUGGUAGUGAUGGUUUGCAGUAUUAACUAGUGCGUCAUUGCACUAUUUUGCAAACGUGCUGUAAGUUGAAUCAAUAGCAAAUUUAAUUCAGCGUUUUACCUAACAGUACAAAUUCUAAAGUACCAAAUGAAUGUGGAAUCAUGUCUGGUAUAGAAUUCUAUAAUUGUUUGUUAUUAGAAGCUUAACAUUUCAUAUUAUAUCAUCUCGAUUCAUGUGAAAGUCAACUACUCAUCAUAUACGAUCAGAGAAAUAUUCAAAAUGUUUAUAGCUGCACCGCUAUUCAACGCUCAGAAACAUAUUUGGAAUGUGUAUAGCUGCACUUUAAAUGUGCAUUUCAUAAUAUAAGUUGCAAAUUAUUGCAUUUCUGUCAAUCCGUUUCAAUUUCCUCAUGAUGUUCAGUCUCAUUUCCUCCCUACUUUCCAAACUGAUUCUGCUUUUGUAUUCAUGCUGUCAGAUUUCUUGCUCUUGCAACAGACUUGUAAAUCCAGACAUUCCAAUUCGUCUCGCACUAUGACUAUUAUUCUAUAAUGAAUAAUUUGGAAUCAUACAAAAUGUCUUGAUGUGCUUCCAUCUAUCAUCAUUUCAUUCUAAUGGCUCUGUGCGUAAAUCCCGCCCUUUCAACAGCAAAAAUGAAAAUGAAUUGAUGAUAUAUUUUUCCAAGAUUGCCUUGCCUGUCCAAUCCUUCAACAUAUUAGAAGUUAAAAAGAGUAGUAUGAAAAACUUUUCAUUUAUUUCAACAUCACAUUAUGUAAAAGCUUAAUUUUCCCAUAAAAAAAUGAAGAGCUUUUGUUAAUUUGAUCGAAUGAAUUACCUGAAAUGAAGCUCACAAUUAUCCGAGAUAGUGUCUUAGUCAAUCCAUAAAGGGUGCUAAUUAAUGUGAAUAUUCAUCCUAUUCAAUUAUAUUGAUCACACGGCUGUAAGGUUGAUUACGAUAACUAAUUAUUAUUAUUAUUGUCAGUAAAUUAUACCGUAGUAUAACUAUAUGUUUACUCUUCAUUAUGAAAUUGUAAAUUGUAGAGAGGCUUUAAUAUUAUUUAAAAUUGAAAAAUUUAGAUUUAUAGGUUAUCUAAUAUAAGAUAUUUUUCAAACUGACCUCUAUUAUAGGUACAGUAAUUAGAAUUCUCAAAAUAGAUUCAAACAAUCUGUAUUGAAACAGAGUUGUAAUAGAAUUAAAUGCUAAAAUGUACCUGUGUUGGAUUAAAAACCAAAAAUUAGCUUACACUUUUAUUAUUGAGAUAAACGUCUAAUACGUUGUGUUCCGUUCACAGUUUGUACGUUUGUACCCUACUGUACUUUUAGGAAUUUCUAACAUAAUAUUUCAAUGGUAUAUAUCCACAUUUUUUCCAAGUAUAGUAAAUCUAGAAACCUUCUCUUAUCAAUUCUAAGGUUGGAAUAUUUUUAUUUAGUUUUCAAACAUCAACAUUUUAAAUUUCAAGUUUAUGUCGUUUGUUUUGAAGUGCAAAUUGGACUCAUACUUUUAAAAGUGGAAGCAUAACAUUAUUCUUUUUUCAAAACUUUUAUUCAUAAAAAUUCGGGAGAGAGACAGUUUUGGGCUAUGCCUGUUUUCAAUAAGUUGUGGUUGUCAAUAAAUAGAAUAACUAACUUGUCACGAAUAAUGUGGGAUUUUGCAUUUGAAAGUAUUUUGUGGAAUUCUUUUCAACUGCUGAAUUGUUACAAGAACAUCCUAUUCAAGAAACUGCAUUAUUUUCCGAUGAGCAAGGAAAUUUAAUAAUUUGUUAAACCAUUAUUCUGAAAUUAUUUUUCCCAUUUGUUGUUGUCCUUUUUGUUAUGAAAAGUUUGAAUAAUCCACCCAGUGGCAUUUAUGUUUGUCUUGUUACUAACAAGAAUAUUACUUACUGUUACUAUUGUUUAUUUCAAUUCGUAACUUUUAAUUGUGUUUAUAGAUUUUAAUAUUUUCAAAUUGCACUACGUGUCAACUGUCAGGUGCAAAGCCCAUAAAAACUAUUCUGUAAAAACUAGAAAACAAACAAUCAAUUCUAAUUAUUAGAAAUUGUUAAUCACAUUAGAAUUAGAAUGUAAUAAGAGUUUGGAUAAAUAGGUCCGUAUUUUGGAAUUGUAGGCUAUUUCUAACUUGAAAUAGAAUAUUAUCCAAGAAAAAGAAAAUCUUUGAUCUGUGAAAUACUUAUAAGGACUCUUUCAGGAUGGAUUAUAUUUGAAAUCAUGAAUAAAAUAAUCGUAUUUAGAAAAACUACAACUCUACGUAAUGCGCUUUCUGUGGUAUGUGAUGUAAUGUUAUUGUUCAAUGGGUAAUUUAUAUUGUAACUUCAAGUAAUGACUUAAUUUUUCAGAAACACAUAUAAUAGCAAAACUUAUCUAAAAAAUAUUCUACUCAAGCUGUGUUUUUGAAAAAAAAUCCCUUUAAAUGGUUAUUAUCUUCAACGCUUUUCAUUUCAAGAAUUAAAUGUGUUCUUUAAAUUGAUUUCUUUUUCAAUUAGCACUAAGAAAAGUAUCACGUACUCUAUUCAUGAAUUUUCCACUAUUCAUGCGUUUCCAUAAGUGAUACCUCACAUUUGGGGGCGCAUUUGCUGACUCAGGUCAAAGAUGUUACAGCUGGUGUGUUAAACUGGUGAAGGCUAUAAAUCCAUGUUUCUGUUCUGUAAAAAAAUUGAAUCAUAUAUGUUAUGGUCCGGUUGCACAAAAUAUGUUGUUAUUCCGGUUGUAAUCAUGAUUGAAUGCAAUGAGAACCAAUCAGAGAAGGCUUUUUAAAAAUAAUGCUUCUCUGAUUAGUUCUUGUGGCAUUAAUCACGCUUAAAAUUUAACUGGCAUUUGUGAAACCGGGUCUAUAUAUAUUCAUAUAGGCUUUAAUAUUGUAAAAUUCCGUAUUUUGUAAGACAUAUUAUGUUUCACAAACUGAUUUUACCAAGAAAAAUAUGGUCGUUUUGUAGAAUGUUUUGAAAUUUGUUACUUAGAUAAUGUUAAAACAUUAGUAAAGGUGUAUAUUUUUACUUCAUCAAUAUUAGUACAUGGAUCUUGAAUGAAUAAACAUCAAACAAUUUAAUGAUCAGUAUUGUUAAACACUAGUUCUAGUAAAAUAAUUAAUUUAUUCAUUAUUGAGAUAGGCUUGAUAGGAUAGCCUAUGCUCUAUUGAUUUCGAGACAGUGUAUAUGCAAGUGAAGAUCGGAAAUGUUUUAUAAAAUCAAAGAUCUAGUUGUCAUAGUCUUUGAUGAACAGUAUAUUUUAAACUCUUCCUGAAGUUUUUAUUUUUAUUGUUAUUUUCUAUCUAAAUAGAUGUCUAUAUUUCCUAUAUAUACAUGUAUAUUUAACGUUAUCCUUAAUAUCAUAUUUUUACUGUAAAACUGGAUAAUAGAGUGACAUUUUAGAUAGUACAGUAAACUAUUUAGUAAUGAACUAAAAACAAGUCUUACAUUCUUGAAUUAUUGUUGAAUCCAUCUUCAAGCAUCAAUAUUAUUUCAUUCCACUUAUAGAAAAGCUUUCACUUAAUUCUUUUUGCAAAAUGUUUCAAGAAAUAAUUUUUGUAUUCUCAAUUUUCUCUUAAUGUUUAAUGAAAAUUACUUGAUCUGUGUUGAACAUUUUUACAGACUUCUCACUUCUCAGUGUGUUUCUGUAUUGAAAUAGCUCUGAAUAAUAUUUGCAAUAAAUACGAGUACAUCGACUUACUGAAAAUUAGAAUUCAUCAAUCCUGAUUUCUUGUGUUACUUGUUUUAUUUUAGUGGUCAGUAUUGUACUAUAGUUAUUCCUAGUAAACAAUUUUAAUUAUCUUCCCACUUUAAUUUUUUCAUCUAAUUAUUAUUGAUAGUAGUUAUGAUGAGGAUAUAGUUUAAAGUUAUUAACUUUCAAUAUUGAUUAAAUGUUUCAAUAUGUGUAUUUAUUGCUGUUUAAUUAAAUUUUCUGUACUCAAAUUUACUUUAUUGGUGAAUUUUUGUCUAAUUUAUUGUUCUCUCAUAUGAAUGAUUAUUUUUGAUCAAAUUCUUCUCAAAGAUCAGUUCUCAUCGGAAUCUGGCAAAUUUAGUAGUCUAAAGUUGUAUAGCGCAAAGCUCCGCUUACUUUUUUAAAAUUUCCCGUUGCCUCAUUCAGUAUUACAUCUUAUAUUAUACCUUUAAUCUGAGCAAUUCUGUCAAAAAGCAGCCAGAUGUUCCACUUGUUUUAUAUUUUUGACCUAUUUAUAUUCAAAAUACAAAUUAAAUCUGCACGUAUAGGACCUCUAACCUUUCUUUGGCACAAACCUUAUGUAAAUUUACCUAAUAUUACAGCCUAAGUGGCAAAAUUUUGUACGUAUUUUGAAAUAUAAGGAUUAUGUGCAGUAUUUAGUGGAAAUAACUCACACAUGAUAAGUAUUCCUCCUCUCCUAUAACAUAAUUCAACAUCAAGUUGAAUGUUUCAAGAAAUUGAAUCUGAAAACACUUGAUUUGAAUAUUAAAUUAGAAUAACAAUAAAUGCGUAUUCUUAAUGCUACACGUUUAUCGUGAAAUUAUUUUUACUGCAAAAUGCAAAAUAAAUAGUAAAUACACCUAUCAUCAUCUAUUAGUAUUUUGAAAGAUGGACUAGAUACCGUGGGGCCGGCCUACUAUAUACGGCAGCAAUCAAUUUUAACAAAGGAAGCAGUGCUUUGCGCUUUUUUGUUCACCCAUUCUAAAUUCAGAUAUUUUAUAAAUAACCGCUCCUCUACGGAAUAAUGUACCUGCAUUUGAAAUAUACAAGUCUUGUAAUAUUUUUUUAUAUCAGUGAAAAAAGUUUGUUAAAUUAUUCUAAAAUGAAUUUUAGCUGUUGUUAUUGUCUGAGGAACUGCAGUUUGUUCACACUUUGUCAUAUUAUUUGAUGUGUUAUUUCUCAUUAGUAUUUAUAGUAUUGCUAUUGGUCUCAAUAAUUCAAUUAUUGAAAAGUUGUACAAGGAGACUUUUCCAGCUAAGUCAUUGUUAUCGGAAUUAUCGUUUGCGAUUUGUUAUCGUUUGAUAAUAUGUAACAUAAUGUAAGUUUUCUAUUUGUCUGAAAACAUUUGAAAAUAUACUCUUCAAAAGAGUUGAUUGUAGUUAUUUUAUUUAAAAAAUAUAGUUCUUUUUUGGAA